AUGACAAAUGAACUUCCUUAUGUAUUCUUUACACAAAAUGGAAAACAAAUUGGUAAGGGUAUAUUAUUAAUGGAGAAUACUGGUUCAUACAUACCUUACGUUUUGCUUAGAAGUUGUUCUAUUGAAGCAAAUUUUGGAAAUAAUUUGGAAACAAGGCCAUUUAAUUAUGACAUUUCAAAACAUUCAAUUAAAGAAAUUUAUUGA